CACCCGCACAGAGGGAAACUCACACGAACAUGGUUUGUGAUCGUGGAAAGUUGCCGGCAGUAACGGCAGCGUUCCUGGCCAUGAUCGGAUCGCACGAUCGGUUGCAGCCGGCAGCUGUUCGAGCGCUCUACCACGCGAACCUGACGAACGCACUGUUGAGUGGGCUGGUGCUCGUUGCGUCCCUACUGACCAUCGGUUACGUGGUGCGGAGUUUCGACACAAGGCGCCGUAAUCUGCUGGCUUUGCAUAAUUUGCGGUCAAUCGUGCUGCUGGUGGCGCUGCUCGUCGGUAUCGGUGAAAUUGGCCACCAGUGGCUGGCCGUCGAUCGGUUGGGGCGGAUCCGGAACGACUGCACCGGUAGUCCAGUGCAACCGGAAGUACACUCCGAAACCGACGUGUUCGCUUGGCUCUCGGUUACGGUUGGGCUUGGAGCCGCUUGCCUUGGACUGGUGGCUCACCUCGGGCUGGCGUGUCUGGUUCGGGCCAUCGAACGGCGGGAUAAAUGCGGACUAUUAUACGCCGUGCUUGCGGCCGAAGGAGCCCAGUCGAUCGGGCGGUGGUGCAAAUUUAAAUAUAUCAACGAUGUCACGGACACUGCCGACGCGGUGGCCCCCGGGCGCAGCAUCCUUGGCGCGCCGGAAGUCUUCCUGGCGCUGGCUGGAGCCCUUGCCACGACGAUACUCGCCACCGUCGAUGGAUUUACGCUCUACACGGAGCAAAACACCGGCCGCCGGCACGUUUCGACGAUAAUGUCGAGCGAACGGCAGCUCGGCUACAAGACGCCCCAUUCGACGUUCCUGUCGAAAGUCACCUUCCACUGGAUCGUGCCGCUGCUGUGGCGCGGCUACCGGGAGCCGCUCGAGCUGGAGGAUCUGGGCAAUCUGCACGAGAAGGACACCAGCCGCUAUCACUACGAUCAGUUCCUGUUCAUUUAUCAAAGCUACAAGAGCACGCGGGCAUCUCUCUGGCGUUGCUACGUGCGAAACGGCUGGCGUAUGUUCCUGCUGGGCGGGCUUCUUAAGCUCACCGGAGACCUGUGCGCCCUGGUCGGUCCGCUUUGCAUUUCCAAUAUCGUCGAUUACAUAGCAGCGGCUUCGGCGAUGGCAGCAACGGUGCCAACCGUGUCCUUAAUUUCGAACAAUGAUACAGCGCCCUGGAACGCUAGCGUUGACAAAUCGAAUCAAUCACCUGCGGCGACAGCUGCCGUUGAAGGCGUCGACAGCGACGAUGGUAGCGGCCACCACGCGACCUCGGGGCUCGAACCGCUAGCACUUACCUGGCCGGCUCUGCUCGCUAAUGGAUGGUUCGUGUGUGUUCUGGUGCUGGUGGCUUCCCUCGCGCAGGGUACACUCUCCCAGGCGAGCACUCACCUCAUGGACGCGGAAGGAAUCCGGCUCAAAAAUGCCCUCCAAGGGCUGGUGUACCGGAAAACGUUGCUACUCAGCACGAGCUGCUUUCACGCCGGGGAAAAGCCGCCUCCGAGGAGUACCACCACACAGGAUGUUGGACGAAAACCGCGCCACGAGAGUGACAACAACGAGAACGAUGAUAACGGAGGGCCACAUCAGCACCAACGGGAACGCAUCGUCGAGGACAAUGUCAACACGCGUGUGGCAGAUGGGUCCCAGUUCGAUGGAGGUCCAAUCCGACAUGAAACAUCGACCGAACGAACGGCCACCGGUCAACGGGACGAACCUCCGAUGGCUAGUGGCGCGGCCUGGGAACGCCUGAUUUCGGACGGACCGGAACAGGCAAGCCGCAGUAGCGUGGAUGACACCGGAAAUGACCCACCUCGAGGAAGCAACCGGGAACGAAACGCACCAGCCGGGGUGCAUGAUGCCGGCACCAUCACGAAUCUGAUGUCGGACGAUUCGUUCAACGUGAUGUCGUUCGUGAAAAUGGUGCACUACGUUUGGGCCAUUCCGCUCAAGAUCGGCGUCGUGAUGUACCUGCUCUAUCGGCAGCUGGGGAUUAGCACGGUAAUUGGAUCGGUCGUUUGCAUCGUCACGAUGACACCGCUACAGAUACUGAUCGGCAAGCUGAUGGCGGCCAACGCAAAACAAGCCUCGGAAUGCACCGACGAGCGGUUGCGACGCAUCAACGAGGUGCUGCUGGGGAUAAAAUUAAUUAAACUCAACGCAUGGGAGGGCGUAUUCAAAGAGAAAAUUUCGCAAGCCCGCCAGCAGGAGCUGCGCCACCUCGACCUGGACUCGAUCUACUGGACAUUAAUGAUGCUGCUCACGCACAUCUCAUCCGUGCUGAUCACCAUCGUGACGAUAGCCGUGUUUCUCGCGCUGGAUAACAACCCAAACGAGCUGACGGCUGGUCGCCUGUUCGCGUCGUUGGCCCUCUUCAACCAGCUGACGGUUCCGCUGUUCAUCUUCCCCAUCACAAUCCCAGUCACUCUAGCGGCCGUAGUAAGUACAAGCCGACUAGAGGCGUUUCUCGGCCAGCCGGAGGUCGAACGCAGUUCACUCGAAGGCAUCCGGACGAUAGCACGAAUUCUCAGCAAAAGUGACGCCUCGCUGGACAUGGACGAAACGGGCGACACCUCGGAUGGAGCGUCUCAACCCGAUACCCCAACUGCACCCACCGCUGCAUCCGAUGCAUCCGUUGCAGUAGCUAAUGGCGAGGAAUGCACCAAAUUGCCUGAUAACGCCGCCGGUUUGCCGCAAUCCGAGCGUGAACCCGUUGACAAGGAUCCGGCCGAGCAGCGGACAAGCGGGAAAAGCUGCAGCCAACAUUCAUCCCUUAGCUCGGACCGCUCGGUGCGGUCCGAUCGGAUAGAACCACCCCCGGAAAGGGUCCCUGUUGGUCGGCAGCGACCCACGAAGUACCAAAAGACGGCCCCAAGCCCUCGAGUGAAGCUGAAGAAGAACAGCAAGCUGUCGGUGAGCGCUCGGUUGGAGAAAUGUCGCCAGAAGCAGAAGCACCUGGCGCGAGAGAUGCGCUUCGGGCUGCCGGACCAUGCGGCCGUGUUCCUGAAGGAUGCGCGCUUCGGGUGGACGGGAGAUGGGGACGCUGCGCAGGAUCCUGCCCGCUACACGCUGCACAUCGAGCAGCUGACCGUUCCGAAAGCUAAACUCACCGUCAUCGUGGGACGCAGCGGUAGCGGUAAAUCGUCCCUGCUGGCGGCGCUGCUGAAGGAGAUAAAUCAUCUUUCCGGCGAACUGAUCUGGAAUAAGUACUCGUCGAUUGCGUACGUUCCACAGAACCCUUGGCUACAGAACGCCACCAUCCGGGAGAACGUCCUGUUCGGGGAAAGCUUCCGACCGAAGCGGUACGAUCGUGUCCUGCGAGCCUGUGCAUUGAAGCCGGACCUCGACCUGAUGCCUGCCGGCGAUGGAACGGAAAUUGGCGAACGUGGCCUGAAGCUGUCCGGUGGCCAACGGCAACGCAUAGCCAUCGCCCGUGCCCUGUACUCGUCGGCCAAUGUGGUCAUUUUGGACGAUCCACUCUCCGCGCUGGACACCGAAGUUGCGAUGGACGUUUUCGAGCAGGGCAUCCACCGGAUGCUGGCACGCCAAAAACGAACCACCAUCCUGGUCACGCAAAAGGUACAGCUGGUGCAUCGAGCCGACAAUAUCGUGGUGAUGCACGGAGGCACGGUCAGUGCAACAGGUUCGCUGACGGAAAUCGAGAACAAUUAUCCGCACAUCCUGCGGGAGUGGAAUGCAAUUAUCGCGAAGGAGCAACAGCAGCAGCAGUCGAGCGCGGCACAAUCGAGCCCGGGAAGGACGGCUCGCGAACGGUGGAAGCUGUUCAAAAACAUCUCCCGGAUCGGCUUCCAGCGGAACCACGUCACCGAGGAGAACGAUUUCAUGGAGCGCACGUUCUACCUUCCCCGAACGAUGGCCAACCGUGGCACGCUGUACGGAGCGCGUUUCUCGGCGCACGAUUUUCCACUUCCGAUCGAAGAAUGCCACGAACCAAACGUCGCGCUCCGGCGACACUUUUCCAGCCGCCUGCGAAAGGAUUCACCCCACGCGAUGGUACGCGAAUCGCCGGCUCUGAUCGAUGCUUCAACCGGAACCGGACAUCAGAGCGUGUUCCGGGCGCGUUCCCUGCAGCUUGGCACCGCAAGCGAGAGCACCGCGUCUGGCCCGGAACGGAGGGAACCUGCGGUCGUCGUGCGUCACAUUUCAUUCCCAACCACGCUGUUGACCACCGGUGGUAUCGAUGGUGGUGAGAUUCAUCCGGGUCAGCAGGUUUCCGGCGUACCGGUCCGUUUGUCGACCAUCUCGGGACAGCGCAGAACACUCGAUUUCGCUGACGAUGGUGACGAUGCGGUGGAUCCGGGCCGGACCGAGGGCAGAAAUAGUUGCGAGGAUUUGAAGCGUAGCACCGUUGGAUUCCGCAUUCCGGAGUUCCUGCGAAGGAUGUCGCUGCGCGGUCGUCGCUUCUCGAAUCCGACCGAGUUCGGGCGACCGUACGGUGAUGCGUCCCGGAAGUCAUCACGCAAGACCAGUUCGCUAAAGUUAGUGAGCAUUCCGAAGGAACGGCAUCAAUCGAUAAAAAGGCUGCUAUCGACGAUAUCGCGCCACAGCGAGGACACGGAGGAGUCGUCUGUUGACUGUGGUGAAGGCGAAGUGUCGAACCGACUGAUUUACGACGACGAGCGCAAAUACGGUCGCAUCCCGGCGCGCAUGUACUGGCUGUAUCUGAAAUCGUGCGGUCCACGGAUGGUGGCCGUGUUCUUCCUCAGUGCGCUGGCCCAGCAAACGCUCAAGGUGUACACCGACUUCUGGCUGCAGGAGUGGACGGACCAAACCUCCAUCACAUCCACCGACGCCCGGCCGGAACCGCUCGAGAUCCGGCACCAUUUCCACGUGUACGCCGCCCUAUCCGCCGUGUGCAUCGUCCUGGCAGCUAUUUCGGUACCAGCGGGUCAGCGAGCGGGUAGCAACGCCAGGAGACGAUUGCACCGGGAGCUGAUUGCAUCGGUGCUGCAGAAUUCUAUCCAUUUCUUCCAAUCUGUGCCCCUGGGGCGGAUCAUGAAUCGGCUCAGUGUCGACGUUGCCGUGGUAGAUAAGAAAAUCGCUGCAACAAGUCAGAAGCUGCUACAAUUCAUCCUGCUCUGUCUCUGCGCCGUGCUCAUAAAUAGUGUCGUGACGCCGUAUUUCAUCCUGUUAACAAUGCCAAUUUGCGGCAUUUACUACUUGGUGCAAAAAUUCUACCGUGCCUCGUCCAGGGAACUGCAGCGGAUCGAGAGCAUCACCUACUCACCGAUCCUGGCACACUUUUCCGAAACCAUCGAGGGUGUGACGACGAUCCGUGCCUUCGGUCAGGAAGCCCGCUUCAUGGAGGUGCUGUUUCGGCGCAUGGAAGCGAACAACGUGGCGCAGAUUGCGCUGAACUGCAGCAACCGUUGGUUGGGCAUCGCGCUCGAUUAUCUCGGUGCCAUCAUCGUGUUCGUCGCCAUCCUGACGGCGCUGAUAACGGCGAGCUUGCGGCCCCACUCAACCAGCUCGUCACUGAUCGGACUCGCCAUCAACUACGCGAUGCUGGUGCCGAUCUACCUGAACUGGGUCGUGAAGCUGUUCGCCGAGAUGGAAAUGUACGGUGGUGCGGUUGAGCGGAUACAAUCCUUCAUUGAGUGUGAUUCCGGUCAACGGAGGUCGGUUGGUCGUAAGCGAUUACUCUGCCGGACGAGCGCUGUUGGUGUUGUGGAACCUUCGUCAUAUAAGAGCGUUCCGAUAUCCUGGCCGCUGAGGGGCGACAUCGCGUACGAGGCCGUUUCGCUGCGCUACGAAAAUCAAAAGGAGAACAUAAUCACAAAUUUGAAUUUAACAAUCCCGGCAGGCCAGCGGCUCGGUAUAUGCGGACGUACGGGCAGUGGAAAAUCAUCGCUGGCGUUGGCUCUGUUCGGAGCGCUCGAAGUCACCGGAGGUCGGAUCCUGAUCGAUGACGUCGAUAUCGCCGGAUUGCAUACGGACGAGCUGCGUUCGCGGCUAUCGAUCAUUCCCCAGGAGGUGAUGCUGUUCGGUGGUAGUGUUCGGGAAAAUCUCGACCCACGGGGCCAUUUUUCUGACCUCGAGAUGUGGAACUGUUUGGAGCUGGCGCAGCUGAAGAGCGUCGUGAAGGCGUUGCCGGAUGGAUUGGACACCCAGAUAUCAGACGACAAGCACUACUUCAGCAGUGGACAGCGGCAGCUGUUCUGCCUUGCCCGGGCCAUCCUGCGCGGUUCAGUCUGCUUGGUGCUGGACGAGGCGACAUCUUCGCUCGAUUCUGAAACAGAAAAAUUGGUCCUUCAAGCAGCCAAGAAAGCGUUCAAGGGCCGAACGGUCAUCACGAUAGCGCAUCGCCUUCACUCGCUGUUCGACUAUGACCGGGUGCUGGUGCUCGAGCAGGGUCGCAUCGUCGAAGAUGGAUGUCCCCGGAAGCUGGCUGGUACGGUGGGAAGCAAAUUCGCCGCCAUGUUGAAAGCGACGGACCACCAGCCGCAUGCGAUAGCCGAGGACGAUGGAUGAACGGGAGAGUCCUGGAUCGGGGUGCUUCAAGGAGAUAGAGCGCAUAAUUAAUGUGCCCCCAUUCUCGGGGCGAGAGUCCUG